GAAACGAAACCCUGGCGGUACGCGUGCGCAGUACUGGCGGCGGCGGGAGCGAGCUGACGUUGGGACGCGCUGGUUUGCGCGUGCGCGGCUCGGCGCGGCCAGGACCGGGCUCGCCAUGAGCUCCCGGAAAGUGCUCGCUCUGCAGGCGCGCAAGAAGCGGAGCCGCGCCAAGAAGGAGAAGGUGCCGAAAAAGCCCGAGCCUCAACAUAGAUCUCACCCCAUUAUAACAGAAUCUGAAGCACAAGAGCCAGAGGAUGAAAUUUUGGGAUCUGAUGAUGAAGAACAAGAAGACCCUAGUGACUAUUGCAAAGGUGGAUAUCAUCAUGUCAAGAUUGGCGAUCUUUUUAAUGGUCGAUACCACGUGAUUCGAAAGUUGGGAUGGGGCCACUUUUCUACAGUGUGGCUAUGUUGGGAUAUUCAGGGUAAAAGAUUUGUUGCCAUGAAAGUUGUUAAAAGUGCUGAACAUUAUACAGAAACUGCUCUGGAUGAAAUCAAACUACUGAAAGCAGUUCGUAACAGUGACCCAAGUGACCCGAACAAAGAGAAAGUGGUUCAGUUGUUGGAUGACUUCAAAACUUCAGGAGUGAAUGGAUCACAUGUUUGCAUGGUGUUUGAAGUAUUGGGACAUCACCUAUUAAAGUGGAUCAUCAAAUCAAACUACCAGGGACUUCCGAUCAAUUGUGUUAAAAGCAUAAUUCGGCAAGUCCUUCAGGGGCUCGAUUAUCUACAUUCCAAGUGCAAGAUCAUCCACACCGAUAUAAAGCCAGAGAACAUCCUCUUGUGUGUGAACGAGACUUAUGUCCGCCGCCUGGCUGCAGAGGCAACAGAAUGGCAAAAAGCUGGUGCCCCUCCACCGUCUGGAUCUGCAGUGAGUACUGCACCACAGCCUAAACCUAUUGGAAAAAUGUCCAGAAACAAAAAAAAGAAGCUUAAGAAGAAACAGAAGCGGCAAGCAGAGCUACUGGAGAAAAGAUUGCAAGAAAUUGAAGAGUUGGAACGGGUUGCUGUAAACGUAGAUAAAGAACAGCAACUGGACGAUGAUGAAGAUGAUGCAGUGCAGGAAAAUGAUUCUGAUCAACAUGUUCUUGAGCAGCUGGAGAAAACAGUGGAUAACACAGCUUGUGAAGAGCUAGAUGGAGAUGAGCUGGCAGAAAAAAUAAAAGAACCGUUAGAAGAUGUAAAUACUGAAAAAACGAGGAUUGAAUCGAUUAAUUGUAAUGGACAUGUAGACGUUGGACCACUUUCAGAUCAAGUUAGUAAUGGAGCAGAGGAAAAUAAAGAAGAUAUUAAUCAAAAUACAGAUGAAUGUAAACUGAAAGAACCUUGCAAAGAUGGCGACUUCUUCCCUUGUGCUUAUGACAUGUUGAAUGGACUGCUGCAAAACGGACGAAACGAAAACAACCAGAAUAAUUACUCGGAAACCUGUAAACCUUUAUUAACUGGAAUGUUUGAAUCUGUAACCUGUAAUUUGAACCCAGAAGAUGGAAAUCCAUUGAAUGAGAAUGAGACCAAGCAAAACAGAAGUAGGGAAGGUUCCAUAGCCAGCUCUGGAGACAAUGCAAAAUCUGAUGCUGCUAGCCUGCUUACAAAUCCCCUCGACCCUAUGAAUGCAGAAGGCAUCCAAGUUAAGAUUGCCGACCUUGGAAAUGCUUGCUGGGUUCAUAAACAUUUUACAGAAGACAUCCAAACUAGACAAUAUCGCUCAUUGGAAGUUCUAAUUGGUGCUGGAUACGGAACACCUGCAGACAUUUGGAGCACUGCUUGCAUGGCAUUUGAACUUGCAACUGGAGAUUAUUUGUUUGAGCCCCAUUCUGGCGAAGAUUAUUCCAGAGACGAAGAUCACAUUGCUUUGAUAAUUGAACUACUGGGGAAAAUGCCUCGAAAGCUUAUUCUUGCCGGGAAAUACUCCAAGGAAUUUUUCACCAAAAAAGGUGAGCUGAGGCAUAUCACAAAGCUGAAACCUUGGGGACUGUUUGAAGUGCUGGUGGAAAAGUAUGAAUGGCCGCAGGAGGAAGCUUCUACAUUUACAGAAUUCCUGUUGCCGAUGCUGGAACUGAUACCGGAGAAGAGGGCUACAGCAGCAGAAUGCACCAGACACCCUUGGCUCAACUCAUAGCAACCAAAUUAAUUGCUACCAUUUUAUUUUCUGCCCUUAACUCAGUAGAGCACCUGGUUUAAUGUCUUAAACAGGUACAAAUACACGCUCCUUCAAUCUUUAGGCAGAUUUUACACAUUCAAUUGAAAAAAUUACACGUACUGGAAAGGGGGUGUUGCAGGGGUUUGGAUUGGUUUGGAAUAUGGAAAUUUGCAUAGUCAUAGCUGCCAUUUGUUAGUUACUAAUGGAAGAUCAUUUAGUCCACAUUCAACAAUUGUGCUGUUCACAUUUAUGAUAAGUGCGAGUAUAAAUUUAAAGUCAUUUUUUUUUAAUUUUGCCAAGGGAUUAUAAAAUCUGGAAGGUUUGGCCAUGUGGGAGAAGAGACCAGAUGAGAUCUUAUACUCGUACCAAAGAGUUAGCUAGCUAUGUUUUGCCCGAUUAGUCUAUUGCCCAUUUGAAUUGGAGUAAAGUAUCUAGUAAAUUAAUUGCUUUUUGCUUUGGAAUGACUUCUGGCCAGUCUGCAUGCUUUCAUGUUAGCCUGCUUAACAUCUAGGCUGUGUAGUUGGUGUUUUGACCACAUUUUCUAUAGGUAGGUUGAUAGCUGAAUAACUCAAAUAAUCCAUUGUUUAAGAUGUGUUCGUUUUCCAGCUUACCAACUGCCAUUCCUGGAACAGCACUUUAGAAAAAGGCAUUCUGUCCCUUCCAAAGUACUUCUCAGUACUUGAAAUCUCUGGAGUUAUGUCAUUUGAAGAACUAAGAUACAGUAGGAAACUGUUCCUUUUCAUUUGUCCCCUUUUGUGUUUGUAUUUACUGCAGCUCUUACAAAUGUUAACUUUGUAUUUAAAUAUUCCUGUUUUCUAAUGAAGGUUCCCCACUUUGUGUUUUGUACCUCUUCUGUCCAGAAAAUGUUUUUAAAAUUGCUUCAUUGAAUAAUCCAGGAAAGAUACUCGAUCAUUAAUUGGUCAUGUUCUGCUACAUAGGAGUGCGGCUUGUUUGCCUAAACAGACUAUAUUUCGAAAAAAUAAAGGAACUUUUUGCAUAUGA